UCAUCCUCCAUGGAAAGGAUGUUGACACAUGUGGACCAACAGUGACAUCCUUUUUCAGCAAUGCUGUCUUCACUCCCUCCUGCAUUCUAGAGCAUCUAGAGAGAUUUUUUGCAGAAGGGAUCCUCAAUGUGUUUGCUUAUUUAAGGAGCCUUUACUAAAGGCUUCUGGAUUGUAUUUCUGAGCGGACAAAAGAUUUUUGUAUUCAAAAUGCUCAUAAAGGAAUAUCGUAUUCCUCUUCCGAUGAGUGUGGAAGAAUAUCGAAUCGCACAGCUCUACAUGAUACAGGUCAAAAAAAAGCAGAGAGGAGACAUGUGGGGAAGGCAGCGGAGUAGAGAUCCUGGAGAACAGACCAUACAUGGAUGGACCGGGAGGCAACGGGCAGUAUACUCACAAAGUGUACCACAUUGGUAUGCACAUACCCAGCUGGUUUCGGUCAAUAUUGCCCAAGGCAGCUCUGCGAGUCGAAGAGGAAUCAUGGAAUGCAUAUCCUUAUACCAGGACAAGGUAUACGUGUCCUUUUGUGGAGAAGUUCUCUAUUGAUAUUGAGACGUACUACAAAACUGACCCAGGAGAGCAUGUCAACGUGUUCAACCUUUCUCCUACAGAAAAAAGACAAACCAUUCUAGAUCCUAUUGAUAUUGUUAAAGAUCCUAUUCCUCCACAUGAAUACAAAGCUGAGGAGGAUCCAAAGCUGUAUAAAUCAGCGAAGACUAAAAGAGGCCCUCUCUCAGAAGACUGGAUUCAAGAGUACAAGAACAACCCUGGGAAAUACCCCAUCAUGUGUGCAUAUAAACUGUGUAAAGUCGAGUUCAGAUACUGGGGGAUGCAGUCGAAAAUUGAGCGAUUUAUCCACGAUGUUGGCUUGCGGAAGGUCAUGGUCCGUGCCCAUCGGCAGGCUUGGUGCUGGCAGGACGAAUGGUAUGGGCUCACCAUUGAGGAUAUCCGGCAGCUGGAGAAGGAGGCGCAGUUGAUGCUGGCUCAGAAGAUGGCCCAGUUCUGCGGUGAAAAUGAUACUGAGCAGCACGGAGUCAAAGACACUCCUGGUGAGAAGGAUGUUGAAGUCAACACAGUUUCUCCUGUUGACACAGAGGACGCUGCUGGUAACAGCGAAACAGCCUCUGGGAGAUCACUCACGAAGCAGUGGUCUACUUCUUCCAAGUCCUCACGAUCUUCAAAGAGAGGAGCAAGUCCCUCACGCCAUAGUAUCUCUGAGUGGAGGAUGCAGAGCAUUGCCAGAGAUUCAGAUGACAGCUCAGAUGAUGAAUUCUUUGAUGCACAUGAGGACUUGUCUGACAAUGAGGAAAUGUUCCCGAAAGAAAUAACCAAAUGGAGUUCCAAUGAUCUGAUGGAUAAAAUUGAAACCCCCGAAUGCGAUGAUGUCCAGGGUGACUUGUAUCACGAGACAUCAGCAGAGUAUCGUGUUGGCUCCAGCGUGGAGAGGCUCAGCAUCAUUGAAGAUGAAUCAGUGCAGCCACUAAUGCAGCCAAGUAAAAUCCAUGUCCUCCUCUUGGUACUCCAUGGAGGGAACAUACUGGACUCAGGAAGCGGUGACCAGAGCUCUAAGCAAGGGGAUGUCAACACCAUCACGACAGUGUUUGACACAGUGAUGAGGGUACAUUACCCAGCUGCUCUUGGACACAUUGCCAUCAGGCUAGUCCCUUGCCCAGCCAUCUGCUCCGAAGCUUUUUCGCUGGUGUCCAGCCUCAGCCCAUACAGUUACGACGAAGGCUGCCUGUCCAACAGCCAGGAUCACAUUCCCCUUGCUGCACUCCCUCUGCUAGCAACAUCCUCCCCGCAGUACCAAGAAGCAGUAGCCACAGUCAUCGUCAGAGCCAACCAGGCCUACAGCGAGUUCAUCAGGUCCCAGGAGGGCAUGUCAUUCAACGGCCAGGUCUGCUUGGUAGGUGACUGUGUUGGAGGAAUUCUGGGAUUUGAUGCCUUAUGCUACAGCAAUCAGACCGUGUCUGAGAGCCAGAACAGCAGUCGGCGAGGAAGCGUUGUGAGUGUCCAGGAUACCGACCUCCUGUCUCCUGGAAUAACAGUGAACAACAGCUAUUGUUCCAGUGGCUCUAAUCUGGAAGCCAGCAGACACCUCAGCAGGAGCAACAUUGAUAUUCCCCGUAGCAACGGAGAAGAUCCAAAGAAGCAGCUGCCACGAAAAAGGAGUGAUUCAUCAACCUAUGAACUGGACACGAUAAAGCAGCAUCAAGCCUUUCUUUCAAGUUUACAUUCUAGUGUUCUGAGAAAUGACCCAGGAUCCAGGCGAUCUAGUAGCUCUACUAUGUUGGAUGGAGGAAAUAUUGGAAAGUUUGAAUUUGAGAUCACUGACUUCUUCCUCUUUGGUUCUCCCUUGGGUCUGGUUCUUGCACUGCGAAAAACUGUCAUUCCAGCUCUUGACAUCUUUCAGCUCAGGCCAGCUUGUCAGCAGGUCUAUAACCUGUUCCACCCUGCAGACCCAUCUGCUUCACGCCUCGAGCCUCUUUUGGAGAGGAAGUUCUACCUUUUGCCCCCCUUUAAUAUUCCUCGUUACCAGAGGUUUCCACUGGGUGAUGGCAAUUCUGCUGUUCUGGUUGAGACAAUCCAGAACAAUCCCAUCCUCCUCAUGGAAAGUAGCCCUCUGGGUGCUCUCCAGCACCAGGACAGCUUCAUGGAAACAAGUAUCCCCGUUCCCGUACUGAAUUGGCAAGAUGUUUCCAAUAAAAGUGCUGGUUUUGCUGAGUCAGAUGUUGUUCAGUCUCAUGGUGCCGUCUUCAUGGAAAGCGCGUCCCUGUCCACCCCCAUUUCAGCCCCUCAAUUCAGGGGCUUCCGGAGAGCCAGUGAGAUCAGCAUUGCCAGCCAGGUCUCAGGAAUGGCAGACAGUUACACUGCUUCCAACAUAGCCAACAUUGCUGCCAAAUGGUGGGGAACCAAAAGGAUCGACUACGCUCUCUACUGUCCUGAUGCUCUGACGGCUUUUCCAACGGUUGCUUUGCCACACCUCUUCCACGCCAGCUACUGGGAGUCAACGGACGUUGUCUCCUUCCUGCUGAGACAGGUGAUGAGGCACGAGAACUCGAGCGUUUUGGAGCUGGAUGGGAAGGAGGUGUCUGUCUUCACCCCCUCCAAGCCCCGCGAGAAGUGGCUCCGCAAGAGGACGCACGUGAAGCUCCGGAAUGUCACAGCUAACCACAGGAUAAAUGACACCAUUGCUAAUGAAGAUGGGCCCCAGACCUUAACUGGAAGGUUUAUGUACGGCCCGUUAGAUAUGGUCACACUCACAGGAGAAAAGGUGGACAUUCACAUCAUGACACAGCCACCGUCAGGAGAGUGGGUUUACUUCGACACAGAGAUCAGCAACAGCAGUGGCAGGAUUUCCUAUGUCAUCCCUGAGAACCGGCGCCUGGGCAUUGGCGUGUACCCCGUCAAGAUGGUGGUCAGGGGUGACCACACGUACGCAGACAGCUACAUCACGGUCCUGCCGAAGGGGACGGAGUUUGUGGUGUUCAGCAUCGACGGCUCCUUCGCAGCCAGCGUGUCCAUCAUGGGCAGCGACCCCAAGGUCCGCGCCGGAGCGGUCGACGUUGUAAGGCACUGGCAAGACCUCGGCUACCUCAUUAUCUAUGUCACGGGCCGCCCCGACAUGCAGAAGCAGAGGGUGGUAGCGUGGUUAGCACAGCACAACUUCCCCCACGGGAUCGUCUCCUUCUGCGACGGGCUCGUCCACGACCCGCUGCGGCACAAGGCCAACUUCCUGAAAUCCCUCAUCACAGAUCUCCACAUGAGGAUCCACGCGGCAUACGGCUCUACGAAGGACAUCUCUGUGUACAGCUCCAUCAGCCUCCCACCCACACACAUCUACAUCGUCGGCCGACCCACCAAGAAGCUGCAGAGCCAGUGUCAGUUCAUCACGGAGGGGUACGCAGCCCACCUGGCCCAGCUGGAGUACAACCACCGCUCACGCCCCGCCAAGAACACCACGCGCAUGGCGCUGCGGAAAGGCAGCUUCGGGCUGCCCAGCCAGACCGAGUUCCUGCGCAAGAGGAAUCACCUGCUGCGGACCAUCUCCUCCCAGCCUUCGGCCACCGGCGGCGGCGCCGGCCACCGGCCUGAGCGCACCCAGAGCCAGUCCGACAGCGACAAGGAGAGGGACAGGGAACGCAGCCAGAGGAGCAUGAGCAUCGCCACGGGGUGCUGGGGCCGGAGCGCAGCGUCCCGGCUGGACUCUGGCCUCCUGGGGCAGAAGUAGCCAGGCCAGAGCCAGCGACUGUUGAGAAAACAAAAAGAAAGAGGGACGAGGCCACGUUAUGGGCUGGAAGGGUAAAUAUGGUGCUACUAUAAUAACGUCAUGGUAUUCUGGGAAGAGAUGGGAUGUUUCCCACGUAGAACACGCAGGCCUUGCAGCAGGAGAGUCAGGUUUGUGCAGCACGAGCCCAAGGAACAGCUGGAAAUUGGGGGGGGGAAAGUCUCCAGGUCAAGAUCGCGCUCUCUCCUGCCUCCUUCUCUUAUCCAGGUUUAGUGACUGUAAAUACGUGCCUCCUCGCCUUGUUAGCCAUCGCUCCGACACGCAUGACCGAGUGCUGUCCUCAGAGUCGCAGAACGGGGAACCAGGCUGGGGGAACUUGGUCUUGGUUGUCCCAGGAGUCAGACUGAGGUGCUCUGCCGGUGCCGGCACGGGCAGGUGUGGGGUUUGCUGAGCGUUUCCCGGCACAGACGGCCCCAGGCGAGAGAUUUAUCGUGGGCUGUGCCAGGCAGAGCAACCGGGAGCUUCAAGUUCAGCCACUUCCUCAAGGAGUACGUGCAGUGGCAAAGCCUAAAGAUGUAUCAAUGCUGUUAGUAGAGGCAGAACGUCGGCAGAUUCACACCCAAGAAAGUGGGGUCGUUACUGUAUUACUCUUAUUUUUUAAAGAGACCUUUUAGAAGCCGAUGGAAUUUAAUGCGUUGACCUAUUAAAAGAGGAAUACAAGCUACUUUGAGCUGUUACAAACCUCAGACACUUAAUUUGCUGUUAAAGUCUCCAAAUAUUCUCGCUAUAUAUUAUUUCCAAAAGUAACCAACUGUAUAUCUGGAAGCAGCUGAAGGCACUCAGCAGCUAGGUUGCAUUGCAGUUCUUCUCAUCCAAAUGCAGGGUCUGACUCUCUCAACACCCACCUCUGAGACGUUUUCUUCUUCCCAGGUUCUCUCCAAGUUCAGUAGCAGCUUUCAUGGGAACUAGACUCGCUUCUUUUACCUGUAGUUACUGAACUGUAAAACCUCAUUGUUUUUUGCACUGAUGAUUUUUAGAAUGGAAACCUGUUACCAUCUCAUGUAGCUACACCUAACUGUUUGUAGUGCAUGACAAUGAAAUAUUGCUAAGCCAGGGUGUGUGUGUGUAUAUAUAUACAUUUGUGCAUAUACAUAUGCACACACACGUAUAUAUAUGUAUAUAUUUAAAAAAAAAAUUAAUAAUAAUCUGUGCAGAAGUUUUUCCAGCAGUAAGGAGACUGUAAGGAAGUGUGCCAACGAUGUCAGGCAACCUUAAGAAAAGGCCAUAUCUUAAUUUUCCUGGUGUGUUUCUCAGUGGAUGUGCCUGAGCUGAUGGUUUGUGUGCUGCUGGGGCGAGUCGGGGCCGGGCGCGGGGCGAAGCGCUCGCUGCUGGCCAGCACCCUCGGUGACACCCAGCUGGUGGCACCCAGCCGUGCAUCGCUCUGCAGCGGCGGGGAGAACAGUGCCUCGAGCGAGGGCUUGUCAAAAAGCCCCUUUAGUUCUGACCCUCGCGGGCCAGCCCGGCCCCGGCGAAGGGCCCGGUUCCCUCCUCGCACACACCGCCCGGGGCGGAGGGGCAUCCACCCCGGGGGAUCUGGGGUGCCCAUGUACAGCCUCCAGUUGGCCUCUUCACGUGGAGAUUUUAUAGUCCUACCGAGCUCCCCGACUACGUGUAACCCUGCUUUCCCCUCACCACACUUUCCUGUCUUUAUAUCACUUUCUACUUAUGAGGACCUUAUUUAUAACAAAGAAUUUUUUAGACUGGCUACUUCAUUUUAUUAACUGUUUCAAUAUGAAGUGCAGGACGGCCGCACUGAGAUACACAGCACUGUGAACGCUGCUCUGCUAAUUGGCUCUGGGCCACGGUAGGCAAAUCUUAACUCCUCAGACGUCCAAGGUAGAUCUCGUGCUGGCGGCGCUGGAGGGUCGAAGCGGAGGCAGAGGAGGGUCAGUGCUGAGCUGCCAGCGGCCUCUGCGCCGGGGGAGCGCUCAAACCCGACUGCCCAUCCGCUGCCCAGCGCAUCUCCCACAUCCUGCAGCCUGACUGCAAAAUGUUUAGCUACUUCUCUUUGAUAAUUAUUCAGUUAUAGAAUGUAUCUGAUGACUUUUGUUACCGAAAACUGACUUCCCUUUCUGCCAACUCAGCUUAGCUCUCUCUGAAUGUACAUCCAGAGCUUACUGGGUUUAAAAACGAUGUGAAUUGUCCCAGCUUUUUGUUAGUAAAUGUUAUCUCAAACAGAUGCCAUCUGAGUAGGAAGCCAAGCCACAAUCCAUCCUGUGAAGUCACCAAACCACAUCACAAAAUAAUUUCUGCAAAUUUGGAUAUGGCCUUUGCAAAGUUCAACUUUCCUCCAAGUCCGCAACCAAGGCAUGAUCUGUACAUUUUCCAAUGCUGACGAGAUGUUCACAUUUUCUUAUGUGUAGAUAGUGUAAAACAGAGGCAAAUGUAAAUGUUCAACAUAAAAAGUGGAUAUAUAAAAUUGAAAGUUAUUUAUUUAUGUAGAGGAAAAAAAAAAUGUCUGGAGGGACUGGAACCUUCAGGGUUUAUUAAUAUUUAAAAAUGUAGCUUUUUGUUUCAGGCAUUAUGUACAAAGCAAUUAUUUUAUGGACCAAGUUUAAUGUAACUGUCAAUGAAUGCAGAAGUGCAAUAUUAUACUCACCUCUCCAUCACUUCAUGUUUUAAACAGCUACUAACCAGUUAGACUGACAAUCACAGCACCUCCGUCCUCAUCCUUUGUUGAGCUUCUUGAAACUCGCCCGGGUCCUUUCCCUGGCCCCCCCAUCUGUUGCCAUUGUACGAAUCCAACACGGAGAAGCAAUUGUAGAGCAGGACCUUUAUUGCUGCAAUAAUACCAGAUGAGGUGGGUGUAGUUACCAGGAAAUAUGCCAAUAAGUUUUUCUCCACCGGUUCAGUCCAUCAUAGUCUCCAUCAAUCUAUCCUCAGCCGCCCCCAUCUGGCACUCGUCUAUCCGAAGCAAAGAUCAACGUGCUACUCAUUCAAAGAACAAUAGCAAUAGUUUAACUCUGUGUUUAUAACCUGUUUGUUCCAAGGUGUUUUGGAGAGCAAUGCAUGUGACCUGAUGCCUUUCCACGUAUAUGGAAGAGGGUCCGUUUGGACGCAGCGAGGGAAAGAUGAAUGUAUAUUCCAUCCUUACUAAAGGGGCACUGUCAGGUUACAGACCUAAUUUCUCUUUGUUACAAAUGUUUGCUUCCAAAGGAAAGAAUAUGAAGUUUCUUGUACUCCUCCCUAUCGCCGUUGUCUGGGCAGCCACCGGCACGGCCAGCGACGGUCGCGCCGCUCCUGCUGCAGCCCACGUCCUGUUCUCUCACACUAGCACAAUACAGCCCGCGCUGCGCAGGCUGCCUCAGUCUCUUUUUUUCUUUUUUUCUUUUUUAUUUUAAUUGUUUCCAUGGGAAUCAAAACUGCUGUGGAGCUCAGAUUUUUUAUAAAAAGCAGCUUUUUGUAUUACCGUGCUGUUGGGCCAGACUUUCUACCUGACGCUGUCCCUUUAAAGUCUUUUAAAAAAAUAUAAAAAAAGAAGAGCCCAUGCAUUCCCUCCGAGUUGUUUUCCUGGGUUUGCUAGAUCACUCAGUCAGAUGAGGCAAAAUUCUAAUACCAAAAAACGUUUACAGUGUCCGACACGCGAGCCGAGAGCAGUAACUAGCCAAAGGGUUACUAACAAACUCCCGCUCCGCCCAGCAGCCGCCGCGCUUGCUGUAGCAGCCCCUUCUUCAGGUAUCACCACAGUUUGCUGCAUUUCCUGUUAGUUCUAGAAGCCUUACGGUCCCCUCCCUGUCCUCAGCACCCCUCUGCCUGUUGAUACCCUCGACUGUCAAUUUUAUAUUCCAACGAUGUUAGUUAAUAUUUUAUUUAUAAAAAAUUGCUUUAGGGGGAACAGACCUGUGUGUGUGGGGAAGCACCGGAGGGCAUGCCCGAGGGCGCUGGGUACGCCCCUGUGUGUACAGCACCGUGCCCCGUGACUCGCUUGUGUGUGACAAACCUUCUGUACAACUUCCUUCUCCUCCUUGCUGUUAGUGCAUUGUUCCGAUGCCUGGGUGUGCUUUGUGUACAGUUAUCAUUGUGAGUUACACAGAUUAAAGAAAUGGGAAGGCUC